UCUUUCUGGGCCGCAGGGUGGGGGGGUCUCCUUCUUGCCCUCCGUUCCGAAGGCCACGUCUCCCCCGCUUGGAGACACGAUUGCGGGCGGGCGGGCGGCGGUAUCUCUCCAAAGCCAGGGAGCCCCUGUGGCCUUAUCGUCCGCUUGCCAAGCCGAGGCGGGGCGCCGAGCCCGCCCCAACUCCCUAGCCGAGGCGCCACCUGCUGACGGGAAGGAUGCCGGCGCAGGGGCUCCCCCGUUUCUGGCGUGCUGGUGAGGUGAGCUUCCGCGGCUAGUGAGCCAGGCCCCGGCCAAGCACGGGGGGGCGGGGAAUGGAAGCGGCCUGCGAGAGCUCUCGGGACGCGCCCAUCAUCCCCGACUUUCGCCGGUCCUAAGCGGCAAAUUGAAGGCCGUCCCGCUACCGGAAGACAAACGGAAGUGACGACCGCGCAGCCGCCGCGCCCGGGUGUCAAAGGGCGAUGGGCCCUCUACCCUUUCGGCUCCGGCUCUGUGGUGAGGCGGUUGCGCGGGCGAGAGCGGCAGCGGCAUGGGGGACACCUCGAGCCCCGUCAGCGUGAUCCUAGUGAGCUCCGGCAGCCGAGGCAACAAGCUGCUCUUCCGCUUCCCCUUCCAGCGGGGGCCCGGCAACCCGGCCGCCCUGAUCGGGACGUCAAGGAGUAAGUAUGCAGUAAACAGUAUUGGUGAGAAUGUAGAAGAUCCGGAUGGAGAUUCCAGAGAGCCCUGUCCUCUCACUGAUGAGCAGGUGGUGUCAGGGUUUUCGGAUGUCAUUCUGGCAACAAUUCUGGCUACUAAAUCAGACAUGUGUGGCAAAAAGUUUGAGCUGAAGAUUGAUAACAUUUGUUUUGUUGGGCACCCAACUCUGUUGCAGCAUGCCUUUGGCCAGGUGUCAAAGACAGAUCCUUCUCCCAAGAGGGAAAUGCCCACCAUGAUUCUCUUCAACGUGGUCUUUGCUUUAAGGGCCACUGCGGACCCCUCCGUGAUCAGCUGCCUGCAUAACCUCUCCCGGCGCAUCGCCAUUGUGCUUCAGCAUGAAGAGAGACGCUGCCAGUAUCUCACCAGGGAGGCCAAACUCAUUCUGGCCAUUCAAGAUGAAGUUUCAGCCAUGUCAGAAACAAGGGAUGGCCCUCAGUCACCUUUCCCUCACAUCCUUCCCAAGUGCAAGCUGGCCAGAGACCUUAAAGAAGCUUACGACAGUCUGUGCACAACAGGGUUGGUCCAACUACAGAUCAAUAACUGGCUGGAAGUGAGUUUCUGCCUGCCUCAUAAAAUCCAUGAUGUGGCAUCCAGUUUCAUCCCCCCAGAAGCCAUUGAAAGAAGCUUGAAGGCUAUUCGGCCUUACCAUGCCUUAUUGCUGCUUAAAGAUGAGAAGUCCCUCCUCAGCGAACUGCCCCUCGAUUGCUCCCCUGCCCUGGUGCGAGUGAUCAAAACCGCCUCUGCGGUGAAGAACCUUCAGCAGCUGGCUCAGGAUGCCGACCUGGCCUUGCUCCAGGUGUUUCAGCUGGCUGCACAUCUUGUCUACUGGGGCAAGGCCCUCAUGGUCUAUCCCCUGUGUGAGAACAACGUCUACAUGCUGUCCCCCAACGCCAGUGUCUGCCUUUACUCCCCUCUGGCAGAAGAGUUCUCCUCCCAGUUUCCAGGCCACGACCUGCCCGCAGUUCUGUCCAAGUUCUCCUGGCCAGUUUCUCUGUCUGAGCUCAAGGACCCUCUUGCUCCAGUGAUUCAGGAGACACAUCUCAUUCGGAUGGUGGCCUGGAUGCUCCAGCAUCGGCUUCUCAUUCAGCUGCACAGCUACGCCUGCCUGAUGGUUCCCCCAAAGGAAGAGGAGGAGGAGGAGGAGGAGGAGGAGGAAGAGGAGGAGGAGGAGGAGGAGGAGGAGGAAGAGGGUUUUCGCACCAGAGUAGAAGAGCUGCCCUUUCCUGCCCGAGUUGGGGGCCGAAGCCUCAGCACUCCCAGUGCGCUCAGUUUUGGUUCUCCCACUAGCAGUGAUGACAUGACCCUGACAAGCCCCAGCAUGGACAACUCCAGUGCGGAGCUGUUGCCUGGGGGCGAGUCUCCCGUGAACAAACGCAUGACGGAGAACCUCCUGACCAGCCUCUCAGAGCACGAGCGGGAAGCCAUUCUCAGUGUCCCCGCAGCUCACAAUCCAGACGAUCUGCGCAUGUUUGCCAGGCUGCUGCACUAUUUCCGUGGACGGCAUCACCUGGAGGAGAUCAUGUACAAUGAAAACAUGCGGCGCUCCCAUCUGCUCAUGCUCUUUGACAAGUUCCGUAGUGUGCUGGUGGUGACGAACCACGAGGAUCCCGUCAUCUCUGUCUUUCAGUCCCUCCAUAAGUGAGGAGAGGAGGCUUUCUUGAGGCCAGGAAGGAGCCCAGUCGAGGCUAGAUGCUGCUCCCGGAUCCGAGGAAGCCCCUCCUGCUGGACAUCACAGGAGCGCUCUUCCAGGGGUUGCAGUCCAGCAGUUUUGUGCUCUGUCCCCUUCUUUGGAGGGAAGGAGGACUCGGCAGAGCAGCCGUGAGGGCUUCCCACCCCAAACUGUGGAGCAGGGAAGCAAGCUGGUGACUUUGACUUUGAAAAGCAGGAAGAGUAUGGGGAUCCAGGGAUAAGCCCCUUUGGUGAAAGAGUGCCCCAUGACUUCCCUUCUGCCGCAGGCUGAAUGCUCACAUGAAGCAGUGGGUUCAUAGCCCAGCCAUCCUGCCUCCGACAACAACUCCCAAGCAUCGAUCGGCAUGCCUGCCUGCUCAAGUCCUACUGUUCUGGCACUGCCAGCUCAAAUCAAUUGCCCUGGGAUUGUCCCGGGGCGAGGCGGGGACACUUCAGAAUCAAGAGGAAGGGGUUAUUCUAGCAAAGUGGGCCUGGGGCCGUGCACUUUCUUGCUGAAUGUGAUACAUUGUGCAUUUGGCUCCAUUGACCCCAGUCAUUGGAAGAGAACAAAACAUGUUUAUUUACAUAAAUAAAUCUAUUGGCAUCAGUA